AUGGUGGGAUACACGACGCUAUGGAAGCGGCUUUCGCCGCGUCAAUUGAAUAUCGCCAUCCAGACCUUCUCCCUCAUCUCGAUCUUCUUCGAGGGCUAUGACCAGGGUGUUAUGGGCGGCGUCAAUUCCGCCCCAACAUACGUGACAGAGGUUGGCAUUGGUAGGCCAGAUGGGACUAUCACCAACACCACGCAUCAGGGCGGCAUUGUCAGCGUGUAUUAUUUGGGCGCGAUCUUCGGCUGCUUUGGCGGUGGUUGGCUCGCCGACAGGAUCGGACGGAUUAAUGGUCUACUCGCUGGCUCGUUAUUUGCACUUGUUGGCGGCGCGCUGCAAGCUUCUACACAGAACUCGAAUUUUAUGAUCUGCGCUAGAGUCGUGACGGGGAUUGGCACUGGUGCGUUAACUGGAAUUACUCCUGUUCUGGUCUCUGAAACCAGCUCAGCAAAUCACAGGGGCGGGUUCCUAGGCUAUGUCUUUAUUGCCAACUAUCUAGGAAUUUCGGUUGCGUACUGGAUUUCUUUUGGGCUUGCCUUUGUCAAUAAUGGGUAUUCGGACGUCCGAUGGCGGUUCCUACUCGCGUUUCAAUGCUUCCCAGCACUACUUCUUGUGCUGUUCAUCAAAAUGCUGCCGGACAGCCCGCGUUAUUUGGCUUCGGUUGGACGAAAGGAAGAAGCCCGUUAUCUACUGACUCGGAUUCGUGAGGGCCGUGCCACUCCAGAAGAGAUCGAUCGGGAGUAUCUCGAAAUCAUUACCACUGCGCGAGAGAGUAAGCCUAGCUCGCCUGUCCAAUUUGCGAAAAUCCUAUUUGGGAAAGGGGGUCGGCCCGGUACGAACCUAGCCCGUCGAGCAUGGCUAUGCGUCUGGCUUCAGAUCAUGGCUUCGUGGACUGGCAUUACGGCGGUUACAGCAUACUCUCCUGUCCUUCUUAAGCAGGCUGGCUACAGCGACAUCAAGCAGAAUGGCCUUGCGGGCGGGAUCAACACAAUCGGCAUCAUCGGUACUAUUAUCAGUGCGCAAAUUAUCGAUCGCUUCGGGCGUCGAGUGUGCUUGAUUGGUGGCGCCGGAGUCUUGUCUGCCGUUAAUCUGAUUGCUGGUGCGGUGUACGAAGGAUCGCUUCAAAAUCCCGAGAAAGCCGCACAAUACGCGCCCGGUGCGGUGACAAUGCUCUUCUUGUUCAAUCUUGGGUAUGCGGCUACAUGGGGAACUGUCGCAUUUUUGUUUCCAACAGAGAUCUUCCCUAGCGACUUGCGAGCACAAGGCAAUGGGUUCGGCAUCACUGGCUGGGCCAUUGGUGUUGGCAUGACGACGCUUGUCAACCCUAUCAUAUUUGAUAGCUUGAAGAGUCGUACCUACUUCCUCUUUGCGGGCCUCAACCUGCUUUGGAUUCCCAUGGUUUUCUUCUUCUACCCGGAAACCCGCAAUCGCUCCUUGGAAUCUAUUGAGGCACUCUUCUCAACGCCUAGUCCUUUCUACUGGAAGAUGGAGCAGGCUUACAAGCUGCAUGGGGAUGUUCUUGCCGAGCACGGAGUUUUGAAGCCCCGUAUCCUCCAGAGUCUUCGCAAUCAGGUCGAGACUGCCGAUUCGUCGCGAGCAACAGUCUAUGACACCAUGCUGAGUCAGCGCAAAGAGACCCGGCGCCAGCACGAGCUAGAUUUCUGGCGUGACUUCUGCAAUCGGCGCAGUAUCAAAUGCGGAAAGGGUGAAGAUCCGCUAGGCCGAUGCCAGAAUUGCGCAGACUUCGAUGUCCCCUGCACCUAUGAUCGUCCUGCCAAAAGGCGGGGCGUCAAAGCUGGGGUCAAGGUGAAUGCACGGGAAACACCUGCUCCAGGGUCGUCAGAAGACCAGACCCCAAUCGGUCGAGUCCAUGCGCCAGGGAGAGCCUCCGGCUCAUCUGCGUCUCGGAGUUCAAUGUAUCACGAAACGGCAUCCCGGCCAUCUUUGACAGGGGAUCCUUGGACCUCUUUCAAUACGGGUUGGUCCACGACCGAAGGCUACGAUGACGAUGGCGCCCUCCGCAAUUCCUGGAAAGCGUUCGCUAUUUCCAGUGAUCAACAGAUCAGGAACCUCGUUCAGGUCUACUUUGAGAUUGUCUACCCUAUAUUCCCUCUUUUCCAUAAGCAGUCAUUCAUUGAACGAAUUAAUAACCAAGAACACCUCAGAAACCAAGGGCUAUUUGCUUCCACUAUGGCGGUAUGUGCACUGGUUUCAGGGCGAGCGCGCGAUGGCGCUUUAUAUUCCACCCGAUGGCGCCGGGAAGAGCUCAUCGAGCCUCCAUCAGAAGCCUUUUAUGCAGCGGCCAAAGAUUCAUUUCCACGAGACUUGGCCCUUGCAAGGGGCUUCAAUUACAUGCGAGCGUGUGCUAUACUCGCAAUCGCUAGCAUCCAAAAUGGUCAGAUCAAGAACUUGCAGAAGUAUUCUGGCAUGUAUCACACCUUGACGACUAUGGAGGGUCUUCACGACGAGAAGCUUUGGCCAAAGGACAUAGGGACUAUCGAGACCGAGGAGCGGCGGAGAUUGUUUUGGUCAAUCUACACACUGGAUAUCUACGCGAGUAUUGUGUGGGGAGGCAUCAUUCGACACCGCGAAGCCCAUUCAUUAGUACGAUACCCUAGUGAAUUGGACGACGAGUUCAUCACACCGCUCGGCUACGGCGUGCCGUCGAUAUCACCAGAGUCGAUUACACGUAGCCAUGGUGAUACGCCUAUCGUCUCUCGACAGCCAGUGUCAUGGAUGCACGGCUGGAAUUUUACGACGGACCUAUAUCGAAUACUGGAACACGUGGUAGAUGGCACUCGACGCCGAUUCUCGACCGCCAACGGAACCACUGAAGUAUGGUCAAUGUUUAGCCCGGCGUCCAUGUCAGAACCAACCGUCAUGGAGCGAGUCCUCUCGAUGUAUGCUGCACUGCCACCACAGUUUCGUGAGACGCCACCAACCACUGGCGACAUGAGCAAGGAUCUGUUUGGCUUCCAGUCUGCCAAUAUCCAGGCGACUCUACAGCUUCUCCGAAUGGUUCUUCUAUCUGCGGAGGAGAUUGGGGUAGAUCGAAAGUGCGAUGUGGCCGGCGAGCUGCUAAGUGUGUUCUCCAAAGUUCCUGUGGAGUACCUGAAGGCGAUCAGCUCACCUCUGCUUCAUCACCUCGGUGGUAUCGGGUAUAUUCUCGGUUCAGUCAUGGAGGGCAGUUUGUCGGACGCAUCCUAUCAACGAGUACGAACACUACUGCUUGAAAUGGCAGACCUCCUCCACCGUCUUGAGACUGGUCUCCACCGCUCAGCAGGUGCCAGUCAGCGUCUCCGCUCCCAAGUUGACCGAAUCGACGGCUACAUGCGUACAUCACGACUAGUGAACUUUUCAGUUCCGCCACCUCCUCCCAAUGGCGCUUCCGUUGUACAAGUAAACAUGAAGCCAGAAGCAAUGGUACCACCAACCGUUUAUCCCCACGCUGGUCCACCCCCGGUGGGACACACCGCGGGUGUGGAGGAUCAAAUGAUGCAGUUCCAAUUGCCGCCGGAGCUGCUAACGGACUGGCCGUGGCCGCUUGAUAAUUCUCACUCCGAGAGUUUUAUGCCCCUGUCAUUUGAAUAG